AUGGUCUCCGAAGGCAGGACCCCUUCUAUCCUCCCCAAACCUUCCACACAGGUGAUUCCUAGUGCAAGCUGUCUGGAGAGCACUGUUGGUGACGCUAGUAUGGCCGGUGGUGGUGGCAGUGGCCAGUCGACGAGUGCACUAAGGGAAAUUUUAUCAAGACUGGCGGCUGAAGUACGAGUAGGCCACCUCUUCCGGAUGCGCCCAGUCCGACCAACGCCCAUGCCUCCCAGUACAAUUCGCUCAGCCCUCAACCAUCCUAAUAUUGUAACGCUGCUGGCAGCUGGUCCUGACUACCAAAACGGGAUUCUAGAAUAUAUUGUCACCGAAUUAGCCUCUGAAGGUGAUUUGUAUCAUUUAAUCCACAGGAGAAGAUCUGUUGAAUAUAAUCUAUCCAAUGCCCUCUCCUGGAUAGCUCAAUUAUCCGAGGCGCUGGCCUUCCUCCAUGAGCGUUCUUCCACUCCAAUAAUUCACCGAGACGUCAAACCUGCUAACUGCCUCAUCUUUGAUGGGGGCGCUCGUCUCAAACUCUGCGACUUUGGAUCAGCCGAAUCCUCCCACCUUUCCGAACUAAUGAGCUCAACUCGACGAGGCACUGCAGGCUUUAUGGCGCCAGAACUUUUUGCCAUCGAUUCAACAACUCCCAUCAACUACACCGUGAAGAGUGAUAUAUUUUCGGCUGCAAUGACCUUCUGGGAGAUUCUGGCUCGACAGCAUGUCUGCCCCCCUGAUGAGUCCUUUUUUGUGACGCUUGUCCAGCUGGUUCAUAAACACCGUCGUCCUCGCCCACUGCGAGGCUGCCCCAUCUUUCUUCUGCGUCUUCUCGAGAGGUCUUGGUCCGAGAAUCCGGAAAAAAGGCCGAGAAUGAGCGAGAUCGCGGACCUCCUGGGCCAUAUUAAGACGCGGAUUCUUGAUCCAGGUGUGAUUUCUCACCCCUUGUUUAUUCCACCUCUGCCUUCUGAUUUUGCCCUAAGUCCGGCAGCUGCGUACACCACCCAUGAUCAAUGGGAGGAAGAAGAAGAUGUUACUGAUUCUGCCCCUCAGUCCACUUGGAUGGAAGAUUGUCCGGCACAAGAAUUACUGCUUUUAUCCCCUUCACCAGUUCUUUUGAAACCUCUUGAACUCUCCGUUGUUUGCGAUGACUCGGAUAUGGACUAG